UAUUCCAAGUCCAAGUAAGCAAACCAUGCCUCGUCUCCAUGGCCGCGCCCCAGCUGCGCUUGCCAUCCACCACCUCCUCAUUUCGUUCCUCCUCACGCUGCUCCCGCUGGCGUCUGCGCAGCAGGAGUACGAGGCCAACGCGCAGAGCGACUGCUACGCCAACAACGGCAGCUCGGUCCUCGGCUACACCUGCAGCAAGAGCAAGAGCAACCACGCCAACUCCUCCUCGGGGUCGGCAUCGGCAUGCACCACCUACCUGGCCUUCCGCUCCAAUCUGCCCGGCUACGGCUCCCCGAUCACCGUCGCCUACCUCCUCAACGCCAGCGCGUCCGCCGUCGCCGCCGCCAACUCCGUGCCUGUCGCCUCCGCGGUCCAGAACGGCAGCCUGCUCCUGGUCCCCGUCCGCUGCGCCUGCACGGCGGCGGGGCACUACCAGCACGACGCCGCCUACGCCAUCCAGUUCGACUACGAGACCUACUUCUCCAUCGCGAGCGACGUGUACCAGGGGCUCUCCACCUGCCAGGCGAUGAUGGCGCAGAACCCCGCGCAUGAUAGCCUCGAUCUGUACCCCGGCAUCGCCCUCACCGUGCCGCUCCGCUGCGCGUGCCCUUCGCCCGCGCAGACCUCGGCUGGAGUCAAGUACCUCGUGACCUACCUCCUCGACUGGGACGACGACGCGUCCACCGUCGCCGACCGCUUCCGCGCCGACUACCAGACCCUGCUUCACGCCAAUAGCAUCACCGACGACACCACCGUGUACCCGUUCACCACCAUGCUGGUUCCGCUCAAGGAUAAGCCCACCUCUGAAAUAGCGGUCCUGCCGGAGCCACCCACACCGUCACCGUCACCAGCACCGUCCGAUGUGGUGUCAGUCCCGCCGGCGAGUUCCGCUGAAGCAAGCAGUGGUCCUAGGUGGCGGGUCGCCGCCGGCGUUGCUGCUGGAUGCAGCAGUGUUCUUACUUUGGGUGCCGUGCUUGCUCUCUUCUUGCUAUGCCGUUGGUGUCGGCGGCACGGCGACCGUGGUGACCGAAGCAAGGCCACCCUACCGGCAGUGGAGCAUGCUGUGUCAGACGGGCCGGCGAAGGGAGCUUUGAUGUGGCCGAUGGUGGUGCGCGAGGCGGUGGGGUCGCUGACCGUGUACGACUACGGGGAUCUAGAGAGGGCGACGUCAUGUUUCUCGGAGGAGCAGCGUAUUGGAAACUCGUCGGUCUACCGCGCGGUGAUCAACGGCAGCGCUGUGGCCGUGAAGCGAGUACCCGGAGAGGGCGACGUGGGCACUGAGGUGACCCUCCUGGGGCGCGUCAACCACUCGAGCCUCAUCCGCAUGUCCGGCCUGUGCAUGCACGGCGGCUAUACCUACACAGUGUUCGAGUUCGCCGAGAACGGCGCGCUCAGCGACUGGCUCCACGGCGGCGAGGAGGAGGAGGGCCGCGUGCUCGGCUGGAGCCAGCGCGUGCAGGUGGCGCUCGACGUGGCAGGCGGGCUCAACUACCUGCACAACUACGCCGAUCCUCCCUACGUGCAUAAGAAUCUCAAGGGCAGCAACAUCCUCCUCGACGCAUGCUUCCGCGCCAAGCUCUCAAACUUCGGCCUCGCGCUCGCGAUCACCGACGACGACGACCGCGGCGGCCCGUGGAUGACCCGGCACGUGGUCGGCACGCAGGGUUAUAUGGCGCCCGAGUACCUCGAGCACGGGCUGAUCGGCCCCCAGCUCGACGUGUUCGCCUUCGGCGUCCUCGUGCUUCAGCUCUUGUCCGGGAAGGAGGCGGCUAGACAAGACGACGACGGCGGCGGCGGCGAGAACGGGAAGGUGGCAUUGCUUUGGGAGGAAGCGGAACGGUUGGGCCUGGGCGGCGGCGCCGGCGACCUGUUGGACAAGGUGACGGCGUUCGUCGACGGUCGGCUGCAUGGGCAGUACCCGUUGGACGUGGUGUUCGCCAUGCUCGCGUUGGCACUGAGGUGCGUGGCCCGGGAGCCCCGGACGCGGCCGUCCAUGGCCGAGGUGCUGCUUUCGCUCUCGGGGAUGUAUAAUUGGACAAUAAAUUGGGACCCUCGGUGCCCUGACCCCGAGGGCUCCGGAACUCCUCACGAAUAAUAGGUCCAGAUUACUACUA